AUGAGCUCACCCAAAAGACGUAUUGAAAAAGAUGUUAUGGCACUAAUGAUGAGUGAUCAUGAUGUAACAUUGAUUGAUGACUCGAUCCAACAAUUUUUUGUGAUAUUCCAUGGACCGAAAGAUACCCCUUAUGAAGGUGGCGUUUGGAAGAUUCGAGUGGAGUUGCCUGAUCAGUAUCCCAUAAAAUCGCCGUCAAUAGGAUUUACCAAUAAGAUAUACCAUCCAAACAUCGACGAAGGUUCGGGUGCAGUUUGUUUGGAUGUUAUAAAUCAAACUUGGUCGCCAAUGUUUGGUUUAUUAAAUAUAUUCGAAAACUUUUUACCUCAUUUGUUGAGAUAUGCCAACCCCAGUGACCCCUUGAAUACAGAGGCGUCGAAUUUGAUGACAAAGGAUGAGAAUAAGUACAAUGAGACGGUAAAGAAAUAUGUCGAGCAGUAUGCAAGCCAUAUUCCUGACAUGAAUGGCGAUGUAGAAAAAGAUGGCGAAGAUGACGAGGACGAUGAGUUAAGUGAUGUUGGAAGCUUAUCAAGUGAUGACGACGAUGAAGAUGGCGUCGCUGGUAAUCUUGAAAUGUGA